GUGACAUGGACACCACUCUACAGCGGAACACUGAUACUUCAACAACUGAAGGAUUGAAAUGUGAAUCGAGGUUCCCGCUUGAAGUUACAUUGAUCGAGGAGAAAUGUCCGCAUGAUUAUUGCGUUAAUUUUAACCAGGCAAAGAAAGUUUUCCAGUUUGGCAAAGAUCGUGCAACUGAAUCGUUAAAACAUUUUGUUCUCGAUGGUUUUGUGACGGAUCACAUUGAACUAAACCAGGACAUUAGUCGACUUUACCAACACGUUUCGUUCUUUGAACCAAACUACGACGUUCGUUGCAAAAUGUACAAACGAAGACUAGACAUGCUGAUCAAGAUUGUCGGUGAAAUCAACCCUCAAUAUUAUCUUGCUUUUACAAGACAGCUUCAAUUUGAGAUCGGGGAGACGUAUAGCGACAUGAUGGAUAUGAAGGUAGCCAUACUGUCAUCUAGUGGCCAGCCACCAAACCAACAUUCUGUCAAGAAAAUCAACUUGUUGUGCUACUCGAGCAUCAAAAUACUUUGGUUUGUUCCUCGAUACACUGAGAUUACCCGGGAAGAAGUAUCCGGAAAGAUUUGAAUCCGACGUUGAGAGACCCGCACUCAUCGCCCAUUUCUAUAUUGCUAGAUUAUACGGCAAACUCAUUCCUGCUGACUCAGCUGAAAAGUUGGCAAAUUUAAAGCUGAGUCAUCAGUUCUACACUUGGAUUGUGACAUACACAAAGAUAAAUGAUGACGCGGCCCUUUGUGUCAAACAAGAGCUUGAUAUUUGUCGAGAAAUGUCGGAGUUGUUGCCAAAGUCGAUGGAUCGGCUCAUGUAGAUCCGUGCAAUCCAUGUGUAAUGUCUAUAAUAAUGUACAAUGAACACCAUAUGGAAUGACUUUACUUUGUCUCUUCAAUCCUUGUAACAAAGCAGUAAUAUACAACAUCGUUAUUGGGUGAUGUUUCCCAUGCAUGACUGCUAAAUUGAAUCAAGAGAUAUUACAAAUUGUUUUAAACCAAAAUUUUUAAAAUGUUGGCUUUCAAAUGUUUUUUUAACCCUGGUCUAAGCCCCAGGUCCCAUGGCAUUCCUCACUGCAGGACUUCACCCAUAUAGAGUAGAACCCCCAGUUUUGCACUAGAAACUGUAAUGGAUUAUAUUUCGUAAAUUCUAUUCAAUGCACGAGUAUCAUGUUCACUGUGUAGAUAAUUAAUAUUGGAAUAAAUGUUGUAACUUUGUGGUCCCCGAAAUUUUAAUAAAAAUACAGGAAAUUU